AUGCCGCCGAACAAUAAGAAAAAGAAGAAGCCCGCCUCCAAUCCGGCUCGAGGCUUUGCGACAGUCUCUAUGCCAUCAAAGCCCAAGCCGGAGGCCACACAGACCCCAUCUCCGGCGACGGGAGACUCCAAGCAGACGCCAGAAAGCGAGUCGCAGCCUAUACGCACAGAGGAUGGCACCGCAAACGCCAGCGCACCGCAGACAACAUCCUCCUUGCAAAAUUAUACACCAGAGGAACUAGAGAAGCAUCUUGAAGAGGCAGAGCUCCAGAUCCUGGUUGAUAAGUAUGCUGGAAAGUGCAGGAAUGACGCAGCACGACAAGCCACAAAGCUGGAGAAUGAACGGCGUGUGUUCCGGCAGCAAUCAGUCACACUGAGCCUCCUUGAGUGGCUGCCCACAGAGGUCCAGGACACGAUCUUUGAUCUGUAUGAUACUGAGGAGCAUGAAUAUCUCGCGGCAAGCGGAAAGACGAGUUCAAAGCAGGCUGGUUCUGAAGAGGAGGUGUAUAACAAGCUUUGGACACUGAAGGAGACAUUGCUCAGACUUGAGUUCCCCGAAAAUCGCGUGGAAGAUGCAUUGAAGCAUGUUCUUCAAUACUUUGCUGGCAACACAACCAGUGCCGGUCGCGACGUUGUGUGGAACCUUGAUGAGGCGCUGGAGUGGUUAGCAACUCAUAGUGACAAGAACGAGCUCCCCUCUUAUACUCAGUCAAAUGCGCGCCAACUGAAGGACGCGGAUGCUGUUACUUCAUGGAUGACUGAAUCGAAAACCACUGGGGCAUCGACUCCCACUGCCACUCAAGGCAAAAAAGGCGGGGGCAAGAAAGAAGAUUGGAAGGCCGCAAAGGUUGCCACGCCUGCCUCCUAUGACUCUGACAGCUCGGUCGACCCCGACGACAUGGUUCCCGAGUGGCUCGACCUCCAAACUCGACUCUAUAGCCUUCAGCCAGAUUUGUUCGAUCGCCCUGGAAAGGGAAAGAAAGGACGAGCUGCUAACAUAUCGGACGAUCCGGAAUCUGCCAAGGUUCAGCGCAAGCUUGCCAAGAUAGAACGCGAUGUGCUUUUCGAGCGUCGAGAGGCAGAGUAUAUGUGGGAGCAGAAGUUGGAUGAGCUCAGGAAAGAUGCCACAUUCACGCGGUGCCCAGUGGACCGAAAGAAAAAGAGUGCUCCUGUUGAAGAAGAAGCUCAGUCGAAAGCAGAAGUUUCCGAAGAGAUUGAUCCUUCCCUGCUGGAGAUUGAUGGAAUGGAGGAGGCUCUCGGUGGGAUGUUCGAGAAUGAUGAUGAGGAGCCGGGGUCCAUCUUGGGUCUACCUCCCCCAGAAGCUCAGACUUCUUCCUUCACGCUUCGUGACUUUGGAAAAUCGACUGGCCUCACCCCUCGUCGGGUAUUAGAGGAGACUUGUAAAUCAAGAGACUCUUCUGUGACGGUUGUUUACCAAGACCUGUCUUCGUCUAGUCAUUCCAACAGGAAAGCCGUGGAAGUGCGAUGGUCGAAGCCUCAAGAGGUCCCAUUCACACUGGUGGUGGACUCGGUUACGCACAAGUCCAAUGCCCUGGCAACAUUCGUGUCAAUGGAUGCUAUUGUCACACCCGAUGCGCAGCAGGCCGAGAACUACGUGUCAACUUUAGCCCUGUUUAUCUUGUUCCCUCAAAAUUCCAAGGAGGGCAAAUCAUAUUUGCGUCUUCCAACGGCCUGGAGAGAUCUAUGGACUGAAUUUGCAACCUUGCAAAAGACACAGCAGGAUGAUAUUGACAAAGCCACACUCAAGGACUUGAAACGCUUGAUCCAAGAAAACCCCAGCACAUUCGAAGACGACGUGGUGCUCUCUGACAACUUCCGCAAGCGCAACGGGAAUGGCAGCAAGCCAGGCACCCCGCUGAAGGGCUCUGGCCGCGAUAACUACUUCGGCGCCAAUGAUCAUUUGAAAGAAACCUGGAUUGCGAAGUCAUCGACGCCUUCAUAUCACCGGAUGGCGCAAGGCAGAAUGAAUCUUCCAAUUUGGGGUUUCAAGGAUGAGAUCUUGCAUACGCUUGAUGACCAUCGCGUUCUCAUCAUCUGCAGUGAAACGGGUAGUGGAAAGAGUACCCAGAUCCCAUCCUUCAUUCUCGAGCAUGAAAUGAUUCAAGGUCGACCCUGCAAGAUCUAUGUGACCGAGCCCCGUCGAAUCUCAGCGAUCUCACUCGCUCGACGUGUUAGUGAGGAGCUAGGAGAGAGCAAGAACGACGUUGGCACCAACAGGUCGUUGAUUGGUUUUGCCGUGAGAUUGGAGAGCAAAUUCACCCAGUCCACACCGUUGAUCUAUGCGACUACGGGAGUGGUCGUACGAAUGCUGGAACGCCCUGAAGACUUCCAAGAUAUCACUCACGUUGUUCUUGACGAGGUUCAUGAGCGCACGAUCGACAGCGACUUCCUGCUCAUCGUACUCCGACGGCUCAUGCAAAAGCGGCCUGAUCUGAAACUCAUUCUCAUGUCAGCCACCGUGGACGCGCAGAGAUUCUCGACGUAUCUUGGUGGUGUGCCGAUUCUCAACAUUCCAGGACGAACCUUCCCCGUUGAGAUGAAGUAUUUGGAGGAUGCAGUCGAAAUGACCAACUACCGUCUUUCCGAAGACGAUCAACACACAGCUCUGGACGAUGAUAUGGAGGAUCGACCCGCGGAUGCCGAUAAUUCUGGGGGUCUCCAGGCUAGUCUCGACGGGUACUCCCGACAGACCAAAGAGACUAUCGUCAACAUCGACGAGUACAGGCUGGACUAUGAAUUGAUCAAGAGACUGCUUAUAAAGAUUGCGACGGCGCCAGACAUGGUUCACUAUAGCAAGGCGAUCUUGGUGUUCAUGCCCGGACUUGCAGAAAUCCGUCGCCUGAACGAUGAAAUCCUUGCAGAGCCAAUGUUCCAACGAAACUGGAUUGUCCAUGCGCUUCACUCUUCGAUCGCGAGCGACGAUCAAGAAAAGGCUUUCAAUGUACCCCCAGAGGGCACAAGAAAGAUUGUCAUUGCAACCAACAUUGCGGAAACAGGUAUCACCAUUCCAGAUAUCACAGCCGUGGUCGAUGCCGGCAAAGAGAAGAUGAUGCGCUUUGACGAGAGACGUCAGCUGUCCCGACUCGUUGAGUCGUUCAUCUCUCGCGCAAACGCCAAGCAGCGCCGCGGUCGUGCUGGUCGUGUCCAGAAUGGUAUCUGCUUCCAUUUGUUCACUCGGCACCGACAUGACAAACUUCUCGCCGAGCAGCAAACCCCUGAGCUCCUCCGGCUAUCCUUGCAAGACCUCGUGCUCCGAGUGAAGAUCUGCAAACUUGGAGAAGUAGAGCAGACGCUCCUCGAGGCUCUUGAUCCGCCAUCAUCCAAAAAUAUUCGUCGGGCGAUUGAUUCUCUCAAGGAAGUCAAGGCUCUGACCAGCAAUGAGAGCUUGACGUCCCUUGGAACGCAACUAGCCAAGCUACCAUUGGAUGUCUUCCUAGGCAAAAUGAUUAUUCACGGAGCCUUCUUCCGCUGCCUGGACGCGACCGUCAGCAUUGCUGCAAUUCUCUCGUCCAAAUCGCCAUUCGUCAACACCAUCGGAUCGAACUCACAGCGUGACGGAGCGCGACUCACAUUCCAAAGAGGUGACUCGGAUCUCUUGACUGUUUAUAAUGCAUACUGUAGCUGGAGGCGCAUCCGCAGCACCCCCGGGUCCAACGAAUUCGCCUUCUGCCGAAAGAACUUCCUCAGCCCCCAGACACUUCUGGGAAUCGAGGAUAUCAAAAUGCAGCUCGUGGUAUCAAUUGCCGACGCAGGCCUGUUGACCCUGGACGCCGCCCAAAAAUCAGCGCUCAAUCGCGCACGCUCCAACAGCAGGAACCGACAAUUCUUCAUCAUCCCCGAAGAUUUCGACAUCAACAGCAACAACGACGUUGUCAUCAAUUCCGUUAUCGCCUGGAGUUUCUACCCUAAGCUUCUCACGCGCGAGGGCAAAGGCUGGCGCAACGUUGGCAACAACCAGACAGUCACUUUACAUCCAACAUCGGUGAACAAGCGCGCCGACUCAUCGGUGAAAUGGCUAUCCUACUACCACAUCAUGCAAGCGCGGAACCGCAACCUGAACGCCCACGACACCAGCGCAGUCGACGACUUUGCCAUUGCACUUUUGUGUGGUGAUGCCGAGUUCAAGAUGUAUUCGGGUGUUAUUUCCAUUGAUGCUAAUCGGGUGCGCUUCGCUGUGCGAGACUGGAAGUCCAUGCUGGCUUUGAAAAUUCUCCACACUCGCUUGCGCGAGAUUCUCUCGAAUACGUUCCGUAACCCGCAUCGUCCUUUGUCCUAUAAGCAGCAGCAGUGGGUGGAUAUCUGGCAGCAGAUCUUCAGUCAGGCUGGUAAGCGAUGA